AUGUCAGACAAGGACGAGAAGAUCAACUCAUUGCGAGACAUGGGCUUUUCUGAAGAUGAAGCAAACAUGGCCAUUACGAUAUGUGGUGUGGAUGCUGAUCUCUCUGUAUUGGUCGACUCGAUUAGUGCAUCACAGGUUACAGAAGUUUGUCACUCUAGAAACUUAUCUGACCAUCAGGUUACAGCUAGAUGCUUCGAUUCCUUUGGAGGGAGAAAGAGGGCAAGAUUGAUUGAAGAGAGCAAGAAAAAGAGGAAGCGAUAUGGAGGUGGAGCACAAGGCAAACGACCUUCCUCGGAUGGCAGCGAUGAGGAAUCAAUGCCUCUCCCAAACCCAAUGGUUGGGUUUAACCUUCCUGGUUAUAGGGGACCAUCAAUGACCCGAGUGCUUCCUGAACUGGCUACCGGACCACCUUAUUUCUACUAUGAAAUGUGGCCAGAGCUCCAAAAGGUGUAUGGGCAAAAAUUACAAGAUUUCUGUUUGACAAUUGACAUCCAGCCUGAGUUUGUGGAUUCUCUUCAUCUGUGUGCAGCUGCCAGGAAAAGGGGAUAUAUCCACAAUUUGCCAACCGAGAAAAGAUCACCGCUUCUCCCUCUGCCUCCAAAGACAAUUUUUGAGGCAUUCCCUCAUUACAAGAAGUGGUGGCCAUCCUGGGACCAGAGAACGCACUUCAAUUGCUUGCAAACAUGUACGGCAAGUGCACCGGUGACAGAACGGAUCCAGCAGAAACUUUCAAGCUCAGGCAAUCCACCACCUCAAAGUGUACAGAAAUAUGUCAGGCAUCAGUGCUCAAAAUGGAACCUUGUUUGGGUUGGCAAAGACAAAGCUGCUCCAUUGGAACCUCAUGAGAUGGAGUAUCUUCUUGGUUUCCCAAAGGACCACACAAGAGGCUUCGGCAAGACACAGAGAUACAAGUCUCUCAGCAACUCAUUCCAAGUCGACACGGUCGCUUACCACUUGUCAGUGCUGAGGGACAUGUUUCCCAAUGGUAUUACUGUGCUAUCCUUGUUCACUGGCAUCGGAGGAGGAGAGGUCGCCUUGCACAAGCUUGGGAUCCACAGGGCAGUAGUUUCUGUUGAGAUAUGCAAAGCUAAUAGGAAGCUUUUGAGGAGUUGGUGGGAUCAAACCCAGACAGGCACGUUGAUUGAGAUAGCUGAUGUGAAAUCCCUCAAGGAUGAUGAAAUUGCAUCAUAUGUUAGUAGAUUUGGCGGCUUCGACUUGGUGAUUGGGGGCAGCCCACGUAACAAUCUUGCCGGAAGCAACCGGCACCAUCGUGAUGGCUUGGAGGGUGAGCACUCAUCUUUGUUCUAUGACUACUUUAGGACCUUGAAUUCCGUCAAGUCGGCUAUGGCGAACAUGUAG